AAAGUAAGUGUGAAAGUGCACGUUUGCUGCAAUUUACAAAAUUGUUUGCGGUAAAUAACAAAAGUAACUUAAGAAUGAGCGCACCUAGCAGUAAAAUGUCCGCAACUGACCAAAUGCGUGCAAUGCUGGAUCAAUUAAUGGGAACAACGCGUAAUGGCGACGAUGCCCGUGGAGUUAAAUUCUCCGAUGCACGCGUCUGCAAGUCUUUUCUGCUUGACUGCUGCCCACACGAUAUUUUAACGUCCACACGAAUGGAUUUAGGUGAAUGUCCAAAGGUCCACGAUUUGGCUUUUAGAGCAGAUUAUGAGAGUGCAUCCAAAACACGUGACUACUACUACGACAUCGAGGCAAUGGAGCAUCUACAAGCGUUUAUUGCUGACUGUGAUAGACGUACGGAUGCGGCUAAGCAACGUUUGAAAGAAACGCAGGAGGAGCUUACAGCAGAAGUAGCAGAAAAGGCCAAUGCUGUGCACGCCUUAGCCGAAGAAAUUGGCAAGAAGUUGGCCAAAGCCGAGGCACUGGGCGAAGCAGGCGAAGUCGAGGACAGUAUGGAGCUGAUGAAAGAGAUAGACGAGUUACGUGCAAAAAAAAUAAAAGCAGAGCACGAAUAUCGUACAUCUAUGCCUGCAUCGACGUAUCAGCAACAAAAAUUACGCGUUUGCGAAGUGUGUUCCGCCUAUUUGGGCAUACACGACAAUGAUAUUCGAUUGGCGGACCACUUUGGUGGUAAGUUGCAUCUGGGCUUUCUUACCAUUCGAGAAAAGCUUAUUGAACUGGAGAAAACGGCGGCGCCUCGCAAGGCAGAACUGAAACGCACGGGUAAGAUACCAGAUCGUGACGAGGAUGCAAGGCAGAGAAAUCGGUACUUUGUAGGUGGCCGUGAGCUAGAUAGGCGUUCGCGCGUUCAUCGCUCAAGAUCGAGGGAACGCCAACGUCAGCGUGAUGCAGAAAAGAACCAAAAUGAGCGUGGUAAUGGGCGAAGCGCCGAACCUGGACGCAGCACUGAAGGAGAACGUGGGGGUGUCGGCGGUCGUGAGGUAGAUGGCGGUCGCAGUGGACGAGAUCGUGAAAGAGAACGUGACGGACGUAGAGACAGAGAUCGUGAACGCAGUGAAAGAGGGCGAGGUGGAGGAGUUGGUGAUCGACAUGAUGACAGAAGGCGUUCUCGCUCCAGAGGUCGUUCACCCCGGGAUCGCCGCAAUUACAGCAACUUUGGCCACAACCGGAGACGCUCCCACUCACAUGAGCGCUAUCGUCGCUAAGGCAACGAAACGAAUGGGCGCCAAGGCGGGGAACGCACGUACGUAGCAUUAAUCACUAUCAACAGCAAUUACCAAUACUACAGAAACAACUAACUAAAAAAUAAAUGACGUUCAAUAUACACAUGGAUACAAAAUCCACACACUCUUGUUAAAUGUUAAUAAUUUAAUUUAUUUUCCAUCCUUAAAGAAAAUAAAGCUAAACAUUAUCCAA